GAGGAAGCUGUGCGGUUUGAACUGCAACUAUGGCGCGGCGGGCUGACGAGGACGACGAGGACGUGCUGCGGGUUCGGGGCAAUGAAGAUGAAGUUGCCCUCUUGGGAGGACACGACUUGGACAACCCAGGCAGCAAGCCGUCAUCGCGUCAACGAACCCUCACCCUGCUCCUCCUCGUCGGCAUCAACCUCCUCAACUACCUGGACCGCUACACCGUCUCCGGUGUCCUGCCCGAGCUCAAGGACAAGACCAAGUCAGGCUUCAGCAGUGACCUCUCCGACAGCCAGAGCGGCCUGCUCAUGACCGUUUUUGUUGUCAGCUACAUGCUGGUCUCACCGAUUUUCGGCUACCUCGGCGAUCGUUGGAAUCGCAAGAACUUGAUCGUAAUUGGCAUGGUGCUCUGGGCCCUCUUCACAGUUGGAGGCAGUUUUGCCCAGAACUAUGGUCAACUAUUGGCCGCUCGCGCGCUCGUGGGCGUGGGCGAAGCUGCCUAUGCCGUCAUCUCCCCCACCAUCAUCGCCGAUCUCUACGAGCCGGAAGUUCGCACCCAUAUGCUCUCCAUCUUCUACAUUGCCAUUCCCGUUGGCGCUGCUCUUGGCUUUAUCGUCGGCGGUCAAGUUGCGGCUGCUUUUGGCAGUUGGCGUUGGGCUCUGCGCGUUUCCCCGCCUCUGGGACUACUGCUGGCGGCCGUCCUUUUCUUCACGCGCGAGCCUCCGCGGGGCGCGAGCGAGGGCCAUUCCCAUGGACACAGCAUGAAUGAAGCGAGUGGGCUCAAGGCCUUUUGGAUGGACUUCAAGGCCGUCAUGGCUGUGCCCACGUUUUUCUGGAGCACGCUUGGAUUUACGGCCGUCACUUUCACCACAGGCGCCCUGGCACAGUGGGCCCCCACCUACGUCUACCGGCAGUCUCAGCUCGAGUCGAACCACCUCAGUAGCUCCAGUGCCUCGCUCUAUUUCGGUGGUGUUACCGUCAUCACGGGCGUUUGUGGCACCCUGCUCGGCUCCAUCAUCUCCAAACGGCUUGAGAGCAAGACUCCCGCCCAUGACAGCUAUGUCUGCGGCGUCGGCAUGCUCGUUGCCGUUGUUUUCAUUGGGAUUGCCAUCCCGCUCGCCUCCUACCAAAUGUGGAUUUUCUGGGUCUUGACUCUCUUUGGCGAGUUGGCACUGUGUUUGAACUGGGGCCCCACCGCCGCGAUUACCCUCUAUGUCAUUGAGCCCAAGCGGCGCAACACGGCCGAGGCUGUGUCCAUCCUCAUGACCCAUCUCCUCGGUGACGCUGCCUCCCCCUACCUCGUCGGCGUUAUCUCAGAUGUCUUGCAUCAAAAGUACGAUCUGGUCGAUGCAGAUAGCCUCAUGCUUGCGCUUUUGAUUCCGGGCUUUGUAUCCUUCUUGGGCGGCCUGGCCUACCUGCGUGGCGCCCACACGGUCGCAGCCGACAGAGCGGCGGCCUCAGUUCGCGAACCAGAAACUGAUUUCUCCAUCAUCAACAGUGACAGCGCCGUCAUCUAAAGGCACAAGCGUGUUCUUGACCUAACUUUGUGUUAUUCCUUUUUCUUGGCAACUUUGUUUCAGGCCCUGAAACUGGGCUAGGCUCUUUCGAUAUGUCUAUCCCUUCCAAGGUCUGGCUUGUGCGCACUUGUCCAAGACAGCAAACUGUUUUUCUUGUAGCCCUCGGUCUCCUGUCCUUUGAUGUCGUACUCUGCGACUAUUCGACUGCCUGGGCCCUUCAAGAAGACUGACGAACAU